AUGCCUGCGCAAUGUGCUGGUAGUCCCAAGAAACGCAAGACAAAGUGUAAAGCUGUGGAUUCUGAUCUUGGGAAGACACUCAGCAGUGUUGAAGAGAAGGCAAAGCGAUCAUGGAUCCAAUCACAGGCUGAUGUAUCACCACCAGUAAAGCCCCCACAGUCAGUCCCUGACUUGGACGACACUGACAACUCGAACCUUCGACAUACUAAUCAUGCAGGUGCUGGGAAGGGGGGUAGGAAUAGUCAGCUUGAGAGAAUUAGUGCCUUGUUGGAGGCACCUGGGCAGGCAACCAAACCCAAAGGCUCAACCACCCUUGAUUCUAACGUUCCUGUGAACCCUCUUGCUCCAUUACCACCUAGCAAGGGUCACAGGAGUCGCUCAAAGGCUCCUCCACUGUACAGUGCCUCACAGCCAGUGGUAGAUUCCAGCACUCUGCCUCCAAGGAAACAAGGCAAAAAAGUCAAGAAGAUUGCUGCCUUUGCCUCUAACAUCAAGGCGCCCAAUCAACCAAACUUUGUACAGCGCAAAGAUGGUGAAUGUUUCGGGUUCCAUCCAUCAAUCAGCCCUUCUUGCACAGAGAAAGUUCUUGAUGCCUCUUUGAAGACGACCUCAGUUGAGAUGAGGCCACAUCCACAAGCUGACUUCUAUGCAAAUAUAGAUCCUUCUCUCUGGCCAAUCAGUCAGGAAGCACAAGGUGAAGCUAGCUAUUGUGGCGCCUCCCUCCCAUCAAUUGGCCAGGAAGCUCAAGCUGAAGUCUCGACAUCUGAGGAUGAUGAUUCCUCUACUGAUGACACUGACGAAAGCGACACUGAUGAAGAAAGUGAUAAGGACAACGGUGAAAUUGGUUGGGGAGGAGUCCAUGGGAGUCAUAGUGUGCAUCCUGAUGAGAAUGUUGCAAUAGGAUCGUUAACAGUUGACAAGACCUCCAGUAGCAGUAGCAGUAGCAGCAAUAUCAUGAGUGAGCCUACCAAGCUGGAGGAUGUCUUACAGAGUCACCACAAGAAAAAUGGAUGUCCACACCUCCCUGACCCUGAAAUGCUUGAUCUCAUCCAUUGCCAAGAGACUCAAGCCACAAAUACAAAGUUGCGCAACUCUGGCAUUAAGGCUAAGGUCAAAUCAGCCAAGUCUAAGGCACCAACUGAAGGCCCUAAGCUGACCCAACUCAGCUGGUAUCCUCCACAAUGGAAGACCUUUCUUGAGGAGGCAAAAUCAGAGUGUCAUGUCCAGCACGCAAUUGAGAAUGCAUUCCUGGAUGCCGUCAAGGAUUUGCCUCUUUCAGUCACUGAAGCACUCAUGUCGUCACUUGUGGAAUGGCUUGAAGCAGGUAACGAGGUGGAAGUGGGUAUAUGGCCUGAGCACAAGGCUAAUAUGGCCAAGUUGCUAUAUGAAGACUUAUCAACCUGGCACUCCAACCUCAAGAAGAUAGCUAUCAGCAUCAUGCCCUCCAUGUACAACCUCAUCCCCCCAGCUGAGGUACCUCCUCAAGCUUGCACUGCCUGGGUUGAGAAUGCUGCUUCAGAAUUGUUGGACAAGUCUUUCUUUCUUCACGACAGUGUGGAUGACCUUGGGAAAACCAACAACACUGCUCACCCUGCACUCAAGGCAGCUGCUGUCGCCUUCUUCUACACUGGUUCCUAUCGCAUCACUCACAGGAGACCCAAUGUCUUCAAAGAGGAGUUACCUUUGGAGUCUCUGGCUUUGGUUUGCGCUGUGUACAACUGCAUCUUUGACAGACUAAUCAAGAAUGGCAGUGGCAAGUAUUUUCCAAAGUUUACUGCCAAAGACUACUCCUCUGUCUAUUUCUCAAUGGUUGCCAAACUCAAGAAUAUCAUGAAGCACAAGUAUCAUGGCCCUAAGUUGACAUGA